UUGACGUCAUUGACGUCAGCUGCGUUUGCCAGCUGCUGAUACAAAAAUAUUUUUACUUUUACAAAAUCAAUUUUACCUCUUGAUAUAAAUGUAUUUGUAUGUCAAUUUGUAAUAUUUAUUCACCAGUCUAUUUUCUAUGCUAGUUUAUGUAAAUAGGUAAUGUCAUACACUGAGCUCGAACAUGGGUAUCAAGGGUUGCGGCAAGCUACACAGCAACCACAGUUCUAUGUCGGUGAUGAUGGUAAUCUCGUCCCAAUAAGAUCUCCAGGCGAGUUGGAUCUCUGCGACUCCCUGGACCCACACUACGAUGGCGGCGGCAAGAAGGUUGUGGUGGGGGUGUGCGCCAUGGCCAAGAAAUCGCAGUCCAAGCCCAUGAAGGAGAUCCUCACGCGGCUCGACGAAUUCGAGUACAUCAAGAUGCUCGUCUUCCCUGAGGAGGUUAUCUUAAAGAGUCCCGUAGAGGAGUGGCCCAUCUGCGACUGCCUGAUAUCUUUCCACUCGAAAGGCUUCCCGCUGGACAAGGCCAUACAGUAUGAAAAACUGAGGAAGCCGUACGUUAUCAAUAAUCUUCAUAUGCAGUACGAUAUUCAGGAUCGCAGAAAAGUGUACGCUAUCUUAGAAGGAGAAGGAAUAGAGAUACCCAGAUAUGCAGUUUUGGAUAGAGACUCGCCGGAUCCUAAGCAUCAUGAGUUAGUGGAAUCCGAAGACCACGUAGAGGUGAACGGCGUGGUAUUCAACAAGCCGUUCGUAGAGAAGCCAGUGUCGGCCGAGGAUCACAACAUCUACAUAUACUACCCCACGUCCGCUGGUGGCGGCAGUCAGCGACUGUUCAGAAAGAUUGGAAGUCGUAGUAGCAUUUAUUCACCAGAAUCUAGAGUAAGGAAGACUGGAUCUUUUAUCUACGAAGAUUUUAUGCCUACUGAUGGCACCGACGUAAAAGUAUACACAGUGGGCCCGGACUACGCUCACGCAGAAGCCCGCAAGAGUCCCGCCCUCGACGGGAAAGUAGAACGCGAUUCCGAAGGAAAGGAGAUCCGCUAUCCCGUCAUUCUGUCUAACCAGGAGAAGCUGAUCUCGAGGAAAGUCUGUCUGGCCUUCAAACAAACGGUGUGUGGAUUUGAUUUGUUAAGAGCGAACGGCAAAUCAUUCGUCUGCGACGUGAACGGGUUUUCCUUCGUGAAGAACUCUAACAAGUACUACGAUGACUGCGCGAAGAUACUGGGCAACAUGAUCCUGCGCGAGCUGGCGCCGACGCUGCACAUCCCGUGGUCCGUGCCCUUCCAGCUGGACGACCCGCCCAUAGUGCCCACUACGUUUGGCAAGAUGAUGGAGUUGAGAUGCGUGGUGGCCGUCAUACGCCAUGGCGACAGAACGCCCAAACAGAAGAUGAAAGUUGAAGUGCGACACCCAAGAUUUUUCGAAAUAUUCGAGAAAUAUUCCGGCUUCAAGCGCGGCCACGUGAAACUAAAGAAACCCAAGCAACUGCAGGAGAUCCUGGACAUUGCGCGCGCACUUCUAGCUGAUAUACACACGCGGCACGCCGACCCCGAGAUAGAGGAGAAACAGGGAAAAUUGGAACAGCUUAAAAGCGUGCUCGAGAUGUACGGCCACUUCUCAGGCAUAAACCGCAAGGUCCAGAUGAAGUACCAGCCACGCGGCCGGCCCCGAGGCUCCAGCUCUGACGACGGUAACGCGCCCCCAGUACACGUAGAGGGCGCCGGCGAGCCGUCGCUGGUGCUGAUCCUCAAGUGGGGCGGCGAGCUCACUCCGGCGGGGCGCAUCCAGGCGGAGGAGCUGGGCCGGAUGUUCCGCUGCAUGUACCCCGGCGGGCAGGGCCGGCAUAUACCCGGUGAAGGCGGCACCCAAGGCCUAGGGCUCCUGCGUCUCCACUCCACAUUCCGGCACGACCUGAAAAUAUACGCGUCAGACGAGGGUCGAGUCCAGAUGACGGCCGCGGCGUUCGCCAAGGGACUGCUGGCUCUGGAAGGCGAACUGACGCCCAUUCUGGUGCAGAUGGUUAAAUCAGCUAAUACCAAUGGGCUGCUGGAUAAUGAUUGUGAUUCUUCGAAGGUGCAGAAUAUGGCGAAAGCGCGCCUCCACGAAGCAAUGCAAGUGGACCGCGAGUUCACCGAGCAGGACCGCCAGCGCAUCAACCCCUGCGAGAGCCUCAGCAUCAGCGCCGCCAUGGAGUUCGUCAAGAACCCGGUGCGCUGCUGCGCGCACGUGCACACGCUCAUACAGCAGCUCGUGCACAUCGUGCUGGUGAAGAAGGACGACCCCAAGACUAAAGACACCAUACUCUACCACGGCGAGACAUGGGAGCUGAUGGGCCGCCGCUGGGGCAAGAUCGAGAAAGACUUCUGCACAAAGAACAAGACGUACGACAUCUCCAAGAUCCCGGACAUCUACGACUGCAUCAAAUACGAUCUUCAGCAUAAUCAACAUGCGUUGCAGUUUGACUUGGCCGAGGAGCUGUAUAUGUACGCCAAGUAUUUGGCAGACAUUGUUAUACCGCAGGAAUAUGGUCUGACGAUGCAAGAAAAGCUAACGAUUGGGCAGGGGAUCUGUACGCCGCUGCUCAAAAAGAUCCGCGCGGACCUGCAACGGAACAUAGAGGAAUCCGGCGAGGAGACGGUCAAUAGACUCAACCCAAGGUACAGCCACGGCGUGUCGUCGCCGGGCCGGCACGUGCGAACGCGUCUGUACUUCACCAGCGAGAGCCAUGUUCACUCCUUACUCACCGUGCUACGCUUCGGCGGGCUGUUAGAUGUGCUAAAAGACGAGCAGUGGCGGCGCGCAAUGGAAUACGUGUCCAUGGUCUCGGAGCUCAACUACAUGUCGCAGAUCGUCGUUAUGCUGUACGAGGACCCUACGAAGGACCCUUGCUCUGAAGAAAGGUUCCACGUAGAGCUGCACUUCAGCCCCGGCGUGAACUGCUGCGUGCAGAAGAACCUGCCGCCUGGCCCCGGCUUCCGGCCGCACAGCCGGAAUCAUUCCACUACUAAUAACUCUAGCUCCUCCGAAGAAGUGAAGUGUAUAGAAGAAGAGGCGGAGGACGACCAGAUGGCGAGUCAAGAGACGCUACAACCGGACACCGACGAACUGGACAACACGUUUUCUCCAAGGAAAAAUUCUAAAUCUAAAUUGAGGCCUUCAGAUCCGAUUCCAAUUUGCAACCUGCACUACACGGUGAGCGGGCACGAGGCGGUGUCGCUGGCGGCGCGCCUCAACGAGCUGCGCGCGCGGCCCGACCACUCCUCGCACCGCGAACACAGCGAAGAGAAAGAGCAGAACGCCAGCGAGGACCCGCAGCCGCGCGCGCGCAGCUACGACCAGCACAAGCAGCACGACAGCGAGGCGGGGCCGGGGCCGGGGCGCGUGGCCUCGUGGCCCCGCCUCGAGGAGUCAUUGUGGCGCGGCGCAGGGCGGCGCCAGCGGCACAGCAUCGCCGGACAGAUGAGCUACCUCAAGAUGCUGGGGCUGGCGCGCGGCAAGGCGGCCGGCGCCGCGGGCCUCUUCAGCACGGCCGUCAUCUCCGGCUCCAGCUCCGCGCCCAAUCUACGCGUCUGCAUACCCUCCUCUGCAGCGAACAACACCGCGCUGGAAGGUUUCGGGGGCGUGCCGGCCAUCCGGCCCCUGGAGACGCUGCACAACGCGCUGUCGCUGCGGCAGCUGGACGUGUUCCUGGAGCGCGUCACGGCCGCGCCCGUGCUGCUCGGCACGCCGCCCGCCGUCCCCACCAAGCCCGCCUCGCCCACCAACAGCGUGGGCUGGAGCGGGCCGUCGUCCCUGAUGUCGUCGUCGGGCGAGCUGCCCAGCGCGCUGUCCUCCGCCGGGCCCUCCUCGCCCAACUCCAACUACGCCUCCAACUCGGACCAUAAGAACUCUUCUGAAAGUAGCAAUUGGAGUAAAAAUGUGGCGAGCAAGCUCCCCCAGUGGGACGGGGAGGCGGCCACUCUGUGCGGCGCCGACGCGGGCCUGCCGCCUUUCGCGCACCACCCAGGUUCUUCUGUUAGCGGGGACGUGACUCCCGUGUCGCUCGCCUCGGAGCUGGAGUUCAACAGCAACGAGGCUACGGCCGGCUCCAUCACCGACCACGACCUUAUGAGUGCAGAAGGCGAGGACGAGGAGGAGACGCUCUCGAUGGGCCCGCACAGCAGCUCGCCUCUGUGCUUCAUUAGGAACGACCUCGCGCUCCCCGCGCACAAGCUCGACAACUGCCGCGCCUCCACCAGCCAAGCGCCCGACGCAACCCCCGACUUGCACAAGUCCAAGGACAACAUCGAUAGUGUUAACAUUAAUAUAGAUAGCGAAAAAAAUAACAAAUACACGAAAGUAGACUCCUCGCACUAUUUGAGCAACCUAAACUCGCUAAACGACACCGGCAAGAACAAAAACAAGAAGAAUGAACUGCUGAAUAAUGGGAGCAGAAGAUAUAGCGACAGUAGCGCGCAGAAAAGCAACGCUGCGGGAGCUGUGACGGGCAGCCGGUUCACGACGACGUUAGUCGCCGAGGACUUGUUGCGACCGAGCACAUCGAAGGAGAGUAAGUCCAACAACAACAUGCCUAACGUCCCACCGGAGGCCACCGCGCCCUCGGUCACCAAAGCUAACAAUGCUGCCAUCAAGCCUGGCUUCACGAUCACAGACGAUUAAUGUUAGACCACACCUAUCUUAGUGUGUACACUGUGCACCAUGCUUUUUCAGAAUUACAUGUUAUAGUUUAAGAUGAAUUGUGAUAUUGUCAGAAAACACUAAUAGUGUGCAAGCUGCCAGAUAGGCUGUUAAGUAGAUUUUUUUAAAUUAUACAAAUUAUCCACUAUCACUCAUUAAAAUUUACAUAUGUAUAACUCGUUGAUAAGUUCAAAUGCACAGAUUCAAUGCAAAUGUUUCAUACAUGCUUUUGCUAGGACUGCUUGCACAAAAUAAAUCAAAUGUAUUUAAUUUGUAGUUAAAUGCUAUUUGCAAUCCAGUUUUUUAAUAGUAUAUACACGUUUUCAGAUAAUGAACAGCAUCUUGAAUCACCAGACUGCCUGGAAUAGACAAUUGUAUUAGAAUUCAUUCCAUACAUGCAUCCUUAUCAUUAUGUUAUAUUGAAUGUACAACAAACAUACUUAGUGAAACUAAUAGGAAAAAGUCUAUGAGAAAAUAUAUUAACUUCUAUAAAUAA